AUGGCAUCUCCAGAACUACUCCUGAAACAAGGCCUACGCAUUGCUGUGGAAGGCUGUGGCCAUGGAAUACUGAACGACAUAUAUGCUUCUGUGGCAAAGGCUUGCAAACUCAAAGGAUGGCCAGGUGUUGAUGUCUUGAUUAUUGGCGGAGACUUUCAGGCUGUCCGCAAUGCUUCCGACCUGAAGGCUGUGUCAAUGCCUGCCAAAUAUUAUGCGAUGCACGAUUUCCACGAGUACUAUUCGUGCGCACGAAAGGCCCCGUACUUGACCAUAUUCAUUGGAGGAAACCACGAAGCCAGCAAUUACCUGUGGGAGCUCUACUAUGGAGGAUGGGCUGCGCCAAAUAUCUACUACAUGGGCGCUGCCAAUGUCGUUCGACUUGGGCCCUUACGGAUCGCAGGAUUGUCGGGUAUUUGGAAGGGAUACAAUUACAAGAAACCCCACUACGAGCGCCUGCCGUACAACAGCGACGAUAUCCGAAGCAUAUAUCACGUUAGGGAGCUUGAUGUGCGCAAAUUGCUGCAGAUACGAUCACAGGUUGACAUUGGCUUGAGCCAUGAUUGGCCGCGUGGUAUCGAAUGGAAGGGCAAUUACAAUCAACUAUUCAAGUGGAAGCCCGACUUUGAACAAGAAGCCAAGGACGGAACUCUUGGUAGCACCGCCGCACGAAUCGUUAUGGAGCGUCUACGGCCUGCGUAUUGGUUCAGUGCGCACAUGCACGCCAAGUUUUCCGCGAUCUGGGAGCAUGCAGAUACGCGCAACGGGCCGAAUCAUACGAUCAACGAAGCAUCCGAUGCUAGCAUGAAGAACGGCGAAAUUGAGCUUGACUUGGAAGACGAUGGGCCAGCGCCAGCACCAAAGAACGAUGCUGAGAUCGAUCUGGACAUGGACGACGAGGAUGCAACGCCAUUGCCGGUCCAGGCGUCAUCAGGAAAUGCGGAGCCAUCGAGUAACCCCGAUGCAUCGGAGAUUCCUGACGACGUACGACAACUCUUACCGGAGUCAUUCGCACGUCCAAAGGCCGAGAUGAUACCAACUUUACCCUUUCCUGAAGAUAUAACGAACCAGACAACCCAGUUCCUAGCGCUCGACAAGUGCUUACCAAAAAGAAGCUUUCUCCAGCUCCUCAGCAUUAUACCACACAAUCCCGUGGAGGUGCAUCGCCCGUUGCGAUUGCAAUAUGAUCAAGAGUGGCUAGCCAUUACCCGUGUCUUUGCGAAUGAGCUAGAGGUUGGUGAUCCGUCUGCACAAGUUCCUGCAGACAAGGGGGACGCUGCCUACAGACCGCUCAUUGAGGAGGAAAUGCAGUGGGUUGAAGACAAUGUGAUUGGUCCGGGGAAGAUGACGAUUCCGGAUGACUUUGAACAGACUGCACCAGUAUACCAAGCUGAAUUGGGGAUUCACGUGAAGGACUGGCCAAAAGAGUAUAGCAAUCCACACACACAAAGGUUCUGCGAUUUGCUGCAGAUCCCGAAUGCAUUCCAUUCGUCAGAGGAAGAGCGGAGUCAAUUGAUGCAAGCUGGUCCUAGAUCGGAGCAACAGCGCUCCAAUCGAGGGGAAGGUGGACACAGAGGCGGGGGCAGAGGUCGCGGAGCCGGUCGUGGAUGGGGUCGUGGCAGGGGCAGAGGCGGAGGUGGAGGUGGAGGGCAGCAAGGCAUGGGGCGAGGUGGACGUGGCCGUGGCCGUGGACGUGGCCGUGGCCGUGGACGAUGA